AUGCUCACCAGCAUGCUGGAACUUGCCCUUGCGCUCGUCGUUUCCACCGCCUCGGCGGCACCGUUACUGUGCCAGUCUACGACCAAGAGCCCGGCAAAGCCCAGUCGCUUACCCCCGUCGCUGCUCACUCGCCGAGAUGGCAGUGAUGACGUCGAAGCAUUCAGCAACACCCGGGUCAAGCCCGUCGAUGCCGACCUCUGGGAUAGCCAGAAGCUUCAGGACACCCUUGCACAAUAA